CUGCGGAACUUAGAACACUUUGGUUUCCUUUUGCUUUAGUGAACUGCCAGGCCUUUUAAGUGCACGCAGACCAUGGGAGUGCCCAAGCAGACUUACUAUUAGAGAAGAAUCCUAUAUGGAAUUCAGACAGGUGGCCCAUCUCUGCACAUCCUUGAGAAGUCUAGCUUUUUCAGGUGACUUCUGAAGUAUGGCUCACCACAACAUUUCUUCCUGCAGCCCUAUAUUGACACCCCAUUUAACCAGGCUCUACUUCCUAGUACUCAUUGGAGGGCUGGCAGGCAUCAUCUCCAUUCUGUUCUUGCUGGUGAACAUGAACACCCGAUCUGUAACUACCACAGCAGUUGUUAACCUGGUGGUGGUCCACAGUGUUUUUCUGCUGACAGUGCCUUUUCGCUUGACAUAUCUCAUCAAGCACACCUGGACAUUUGGGUUGAGCUUCUGCAAAUUUGUGAGUGCCAUGCUACACAUCCACAUGUACCUCACAUUCCUGUUCUACAUGGUGAUCCUGGUCAUUCGGUACCUCAUCUUCUUCAAGCGCAAGGACAAAGUAGAAUUUUAUAGGAAGUUCCAUGCUGUGGCUGCCAGUACUGGCAUGUGGCUGCUGGUGAUUGUGAUUGUGGUACCCGUGGUUGCUUCUCAGUAUGGAACUCACCAGGUGUACGACGAGCAACACUGUUUUAAAUUCCACAAAGAGCUUGAUCGUCUAUACGUGCGAGUCAUCAACUAUAUGAUAGUUACUACUGUCAUAGCCACUGCAAUGGUCCUCUUAGUCUUCCAGAUCUUCAUCAUUAUGUCAAUGGUGCGGAAGCUACGCCCCUCCUUACUAUCCCACCAGGAGUUCUGGGCCCAGCUGAAAAACCUAUUUUUUAUCGGAGUUAUCCUUAUUUGCUUCCUUCCCUACCACUUCUUUAGGAUCUAUUACUUGUACACGGUGGCACACUCACAUGACUGUAACGACACUGUUGCAUUUUAUAAUGAAAUCUUCUUGAGUGUAACUGCAAUUAGCUGCUUUGAUUUGUUGCUCUUUGUUCUUGGAGGAAGCCGUUGUAAGCAAAAGAUAAUUGACCUAUGGAAUUGCCUCUUGUGCCGUUAGCCACAAACUACAGUAUUCAAAAUUCCUUUAUACUGGGAGUAAAAAUGGGUAUAGAGAGGUAGGAAGGGUUAUUUCAUUACUUGAUUAAAAGCAUGCCUUAAUGCGCCCAAAUAAAAGGACUAUAAAAUGUCA